UAAAUCAAUUCAUUAUCAAAUUCACAGUUAAUCCCGCAAAGUAGGCUGUGGAUAAUUUUCCGUUACAUUUUUGAAAUAAAACAAAUGCCGGUUGACAACAAUCAUUAGACCCAAAAAUCCUCUUGGACGUUUAUGUCAGAAAGUCAAAGCAUUAAUUCAACGUAAAUAAUGCCCGUGAGUCGUCUUGAUAUUUAUUACAGAAAGAUGUUGCUCUCAAAGUUCUUUACUAAAGGUUGGGGAGACCCCGAUCGUAUAAUUAGACUUUUGCAAUUCCGCAAAAUCAUUUCUAACCGUGAUACCUGCUUCGGUUUAGUUGAUCGCGAUCACCAGAUCGACGUCUUAAGCCAAGAAACUUGGACUGAUUGCUAUGUAACCAAUGGCAAGUUUAAGUCGCCAUUUGCCUUACAAUUACCUGAUAUUGUUCAUGAAGAAGUGAAAGAUGCUUAUUUUCAAAUGAUCGUACCCAAAAAAUGGAUCCACGAACCUUAUCGUCCAGUUUGUAUUCAUUUAGCUGGAACUGGAGAUCACUAUUUUUGGAAACGUCGUCACAUAAUGGCAAAACCACUUCUAAAACAAGGUAUUGGGUCAAUUAUCCUCGAGAAUCCAUUCUAUGGUUAUCGCAAACCGAAGGAACAAGUACGCUCAUGCUUAUUUAACGUUUCUGAUAUAUUCGUAAUGGGUGGUUGUCUUAUACUGGAAUGCAUGGCUUUAAUGCAUUGGUGCGAACGCUUAGGCUACGGCCCAUUGGGCGUAACGGGACUGUCAAUGGGAGGUCACAUGGCUUCUUUAGCGGCUACAAGCUGGCCUAAACCUAUAGUACUCGUCCCUUGCCUUUCUUGGUCGACUGCAUCAUCUGUUUUCACAGAGGGCGUAAUGAGUCAAGCUAUCGACUGGGACCACCUACAAAAGCAGUACUUUUCUAACAACAAAUAUUUUGAUGUAUUAGCCAAAAUGUGUAAAAUUGUCGAUGACGCUUGUUCUUGCGGACUCGCGCAAAUACCUGAAUUCAACUACAUAAUAAAAUCCAUAAUACAAGAACAACACAAAGCGGAGUUAUGUUACAUCACGCCUUAUGAGCUAGUCUCGAAAACCAGACAAGCUGGUUACGAAGCGCACAGAACCAAAGUGUCAUCACCGAGCCUAAUUUUGCCGGUUGACGCAAUCGCCAGAGCGCUCAAUUCUAGCCUGAAACAUCUGAUUACCAUCGUGUCUAACAAUCUACAGGAAGUGAAAGUCCGCGAUAAGGAAGCGGUUUGGUUCAUGAGAGGCCUAAUGGAUGAAUGCACUCAUUUGAAAAACUUUGAUGUACCCGUUGAUACCUCACUGAUCAUCGCAAUCUGUGCUACACAAGAUGCGUAUGUUCCAAAACAGGGUGUCAGUGCGCUUGAAGAAGUUUGGCCCGGAUGUACCGUUCGUUAUCUUGAUUGCGGACAUGUUGGUGCUUAUUUAUAUCACUUGGAUAUAUUCCGAAACUGUAUUAUUGAAGGUUUCAAACGUGCAAUGAAGAAGGUUCCUCCGCCCGCAGCUAUGUAGCCAAUAAAUUUACUUAAAAAAAUAUAUUUUUUGCUUUGCAGUUAAAUGUUCUGGACUUGUGUGAUACACAUCUUUGUGUAAAAAAUUCCAGUAUUGUGUUCAAUACGUUAAUGUGCCUUAAAAAAAAGAUUUAUACUUUCUGACAUGUACCUGACAGACUAAUUUUUGUGAUACUAAUUUUAAAUUAAAAUUUUCUUGUAAAAAGAAA